AUGUAAAACUGAUAUCUAUAUACUUGCGUUGAAAAAAAAUCUUACUUCCACAGGAGAGAUGAGUUUAGUUAUGUUUAGACAGUAGACUAGACAUCAAAGUGUGUAGAUAGGGACAAACAAAUUAUAGAUGAGAAUACUUAUCUUAUAUAUCUUUAGAAAUAAUUCCAAGUAUGGUGAUGGGUCAUGGACUCAUGAAGUGGGUCACCACCCGAUGGAUUAGACUCGAAAAUCAACCUUGAUAGGUGUCUUCUGGUUUAGGUUCACCGAAACUUCUAUAAUAUCUCAGACAAAAAAAAAUACAUACGAAAGAUCAUUGAAAUUUGUUUACAGAUGUUAAACGGGGAUAUAUGAUAUAAUUAUAUUUAUAAACACUAACUUACAUUGAUUAACUAAUCAAAUAUGUUUUUCUGUCCACCAAAAUUAUUAAUUAAUUUAUUUUAUUAUAAAAAGGCAUGUGUAUUAUUUUUGAAUGUAAAGUUUUGGUUUCGUCAUCAAGAAAGAGAUGUUCAAUAAUUAUGGUUGUUUGUAGCCCUGCGACAUUUAACCGAAUCCGAUUACCCGAACCGGAACCGACCGAAAUUGAACCGGUUCGGAUAGGUUUGGUUAUAGGUAAAUUGAACCGAUGGAUAAAAUUAUUUUAAACCAUGGAUUUUGGGUCGGUUCUGGUUUUUAUCCGGUGGAUUUCGGAUACCCGGUAGCAACCCGAAUCAUUUAUUCAUUAAGACCGUUGUAAAGCACGCAUGUGUCUCGAUGCUUUACCCGAGUCGUCUCUUCACAUUCAUCCCCAAUUCCAAAACCUAACUUUUCGAUUCGUUUCCCCCAUUAGAGAUCGAGAAUCGUGACAAUGACUCUACAAAAAGGGCAAACCGUGUUAGAUGCAACCACAAACCUGGAAUCCUUAGAGAGAAUCGACGAUUGUUUUCCAUCUCCACCAUCUGCAUCAUCGAGAAUUCAAUCAGAGAUGGCUUCUUCUGACACUCAUCAACAAGACAACGAAAAUCAACCAAUGGAUGAGGACUUUUCUUCUGAUCAGGACAUAGAAACACCGGGUAGCAACGGCGCCAAAAUGAACGAGAGAGAGGACGAUGGUAUUGCUAGUUCUGGUUUAGGAUCAAGGAAAAAGACCAGGUCUUUUGUCUGGAAACAUGUCACCAGACUGAAAGACAACUACAACAGAUGCAAGUGUCGUUACUGUGGGAAAGAGAUGACUUGUCCAACCAAGUCCGGGACAUCCAACCUCAGGAAGCAUGUACUUGGAUGUAAGGCAUUCCUCGCAUGGAAGGCUGCAAGAGCAUUGAAAGGGAAGGGUAAACAGACAGAGUUAACUCCUGAUGAAGAAGGCAAUCUGACUUUGUAUAAGGUGUCUGAAGAUGUUUUCAAAGAGGCGACAAAUGAGUUGAUUGUACUAGGCGAGUUGCCAUUGGCCUUUAUUGAAAGUUUGGCAUGGAGAAGCUUCUGCUUAAAGGUUCAGCUGCAUACGCCGGUUUGUAGGAAGACAUCUACAAAGGAAAUAGUGGCCAUGUAUGCAUCAAGAAAAGCUGAAAUGAAGAGAGUUCUUGGACAGAACAAACAAAGAUUGUCUCUGACGACAGACAUUUGGGUUGCUCCGUACACUUCAGCAAGCUACAUGGUGAUCACUGCUCAUUUUGUUGAUGCAAGUUGGAAGCUUAGGAAGAUGAUAAUAGGCUUCAAGAAUGUUGAUGAUCACAAAGGGUCUACAAUUGCUAAGGUUCUGAUUGACUGUUUAGCUGAAUGGGAUAUAAGAAGAGUCUUUUGCAUCACGGUGGAUAACGCAACAGCUAACACAUCAGCAAUGAAGAAGUUCAAGGAAGAAUUUAUGAGUCACGGUGACGAUGCUCUGGUCUUGAAUGGAGAGUUCUUGCACGUCAGGUGUGUGACACAUAUCUUGAAUCUGAUUGUCAAAGAAGGCUUAAAUGAGAUCGAUGAUAGUAUUAUUGCCAUUCGAAAUGCUAUUCAGUAUGUGAGGUCUUCAACAAAUCGUCUCAAGUCCUUCGAAUUUCGGGUUGAAGCUGGGAAGAUGACUAGAGGAAGUCUGCCACUUGAUGUGAAGACACGAUGGAACUCGACAUAUCUCAUGUUAGACCAAGCUUUGAAGUUUCGGCUAGCAUUUGAGAAGAUGGAGUCUGAAGACAAACCGUACAAUGACUAUUUCAUGGAGACCGUAGAUGGGAAAAAGAGGAUUGGACCACCAUCAAGAACAGAUUGGGAAGAGGUUGAGAGGUUGGUACACUUUCUUGUGAUCUUCUACAACUCUACUUUGAUACUCUCAGCUUCGAAAUCCAUCACUUCACACAAGAUCUACAAUGAGAUAGUCACCAUCACUAGGAAUGUUUGUAUGAUAAGCAGUGCACCAGGUCCUGAUGAUUCGUUAAGGUACAAAGCGUUGUCUAUGAUGGGGAAGUUGAGGAAAUACUGGAAUCCGUUCUGGGAAGAAGAUGAAGCUGAGAAGAGUAAGUCUAAGAGCUGUCAAAUGAACAAGCUCAUGAUAGUUGCAACUGUCUUCGACCCAAGAAAGAAGAUGAACUUUGCUAACCUCUGCUUUGAGAAGUUGUAUGGUAAAGAGAGCAUCGAGUAUACUCUGCUUUCUGAAUCAAUUUUAGAGAUCUUGAAGAGGCUUUAUGAUGAGUACAGUCUUGUGGCUAAUAGAAGUGGUGGAGGGUCAGGUGGGUCACAAUCGCAAGGAGGAUCAUCUUCUCAGACUCAAGAUCAAGAUGCUGGUGCAGUUUUUGAGUCAAGAGAUCUUGGUAAUGGCAUUGGAUAUGAAAGAAUGGAUAACCUCUACGAGGAGCUUAUACAAGAAGCAGGUACAGAGGAUUCUACUAAUGAGUUAGAAUUGUAUCUGAAAGAGAAAGUCGAGAUCACAAAGACUAUGGUUGGAACCGAGUAUGAUGUUCUGUCAUGGUGGAGAAGAAACAGUCUGAAGUUCCCAACCUUGUCUCGAGUUGCUGCUGAUAUUCUUGCUGUUCAAGUAUCCUCUGUAGCCUCAGAGAGUGCGUUUAGCACUAGUGGGAGGGUCCUAGACACAUACAUGAGCUGCUUGACACACUUUAUGGUUGAGGUGUUGGUUUGCACACAGCAAUGGUUGAAAUCAGAGAAGCAUAUGAAUGAGAAAGGCAUUCCUACUAUAGAACAACUUCUUGAAGCUGUGGAGUUAGAAGAUGAUCUCAUGAGAGCCAAUGAACCUGAAUUCAACGUCCAAGAACAAGCAUAGACUUGACUAAGGAGUGGCUGUCUCGUUUGAAGUUUAAGAAGACUAUCUUUCUGUUGUUGCGUUUGAUUUUAUUCUCAUUUUCGGCUGUUUUAGAAAACAAUGUUUGUUUCAGUUCUAUGUUUCAAGAAGACUAUCUUUGUGUUGUGUCACUUGUGUGUUUGUUUCAGUUAUGUUUUUUGUGUUUCAAAACAGUGUUUCGGAUAAUAUGAGUAUGUUUCGGUUUUGAUUACCA